AAAUUCACCAACUCGAGGUUUAAAUAUACUGCUAAUGGAAUAUCUCAUCUCCAUCGCCAAGAGCAAGUGGGAAUCAUUUCUACCACCAAAAUCAGAAGCAGAAAUUAUUGAUGAAGUUGUGAAUCUUGAAUCUAUGAACAAGGAGGAGGAGGUUUUCGUUGACGAAUUGGUAUUUGAAUUUAGUGAAAAGGUUACUCCAAAUUUUGUUCCUGAUGCUACUAUAGAUUCAACUUUAGAUUCUGAUUCAGUUUUUGGAUCUAAAACCGAUUCAGAUAAGGGUUUAAAUGAGUUUCCAAAAUCAACAUCAAACAUUGAAGACUUGCCUACUUCAUUUAGUGAAUUCACGGUCUCUCCACCUAAAGAAAUCAAAUCAAUUCCUACUGGUGUUGUUGAAGAAGAAUUUGAUAAAGCUGAAGUGAAUGAUUUUGGAAGGACGGAUCAGACCGAUUUUGGGUGGUGUUGCUUCACGUGGACAUAGAGAUGUAUCCCUAAUUGUUUUACUAUAUAUUACACAUUUGUUCAUGUUAAGUGUAGCAGAUACUUCUUUGCAUCUUCAAGAUGGGGUGCUAUAUAUUUCUAGAGACACAUUGGGUACAUUGUGGAAGCGAGGAGCAUUGGAAACACAAUUUCUGAGUUGUUGUGGGUAUGCAAUUUUCGCUCUUAGCAGUAUAUAUUCACAACCACAUCCGUCCAGUGCUUCACCUAUCUUCACUAUCUUCUCUCAUAGUUUCUGUCAAGCCAUCUUCAUACUUCUCUUACGCAACAACUUGCAAACUCCAUGAUGUUAUUCCACAGCAUUUUACUCGGUCGAGACUGUUUUUGUCUUUCUUUUGAUGAUACUCGUGCAUUAGCCAAUCGAGGAAAGAAAAUUGAACUUAAUGUGUGGUCCUCUUGUUUUCUGAAACGGGAUUCUAUAUUUGAAAUUGUUUUUCAUGGGGAAAAUUUAGUCAAUGAAUGGGGAAUUGUUCUUACGCUGUUUUAUAAGCUUGGGUACCAGACAGAAUUUCAGUUUCUAUGUCUGAUCAUGUUUGUGUUGGUCGACAAGGGUGGCAGUGGUGUCGAAGGUACAUCGUUAAGAUGCUAUGUCAGGAUUUGGAAUAUGUAUGAUGCUAGUCAGCAGGUUAAUGAAAUGCCGCAACAAGAUUUUAUUAUUUGCUCUAUUUUGAUACUUCAAGUGACAGGUAAUACUGAAGGUGGUACUGCAAGGGAAUUAAUUGCUCCACUACAUCUCAGUGGUUGGUGGAGUUUCUAGGGUUCAUUCAUCUUGUUGUUAGGCAGUGGGUUGCUAGCUGGGAUUUGGCUUCAUCAUUUUUGGUCAGUGGUUGUUGGAUUUGAGUUACUUCUUAACAAAGCCUUUAUGCAAGUUCUUCAUUAUAAACAUUUUUACUGUCAGAAAUUGUUGAGUUCCCGCAUUGCAAUUAAAAGAACUUCAGAUUCUAAAUGUGUUAUUGUGGGUAGGGUAUUUGAAGUGGAAAUUCAGAUUGGAUGCAUCUGGAUUGUGGAGUAUUAGAUUUUUCUGUAUGGUUUUUUUUUUCUUACCUUCGUAUCUUUAUGGUGCCGUGUUAUCACUAGAUUAUUCUAACCGUUUACCACAAUUGCUUAAAGUUGACAGUUCGACA